AAUAGCGUUCCGCCGCGGUGUACGCAUACGCGGGGAGAAAAGGAAAAAAAGGAAAGGAAUGAACGAGUUUAAAUGACGGGUAAUUAAAAAACGGAACGUAAAAUCAGGCGGGGUUACAGCUCAUUAGUUUUCAGCGGCGGAGAACGAUGACAGAGGCCGCGAAAAUGCCGGUUGAAUGCCGGAUAUAGCAGACGCGUUAUGUCAUCGGGCGCACACGGCCGCGUGUACGUGUCCCGCGGCGGCGUUAAUUGGCUCCGUGAUGAAUAUUACAAAAUACCGGAGGUUGAAAGGAGAGUCACCGCUUUAAUUACGACAUAAUGCGUGUCGGUCGAGCUUCUCUCGCGUGAAACACCGAUACGCUCCUUCUCUCUCGCGUUACACGACUACCGGCAACACCUUUCAACCGCUUUCAUCAAAUCGCUUAAUAUGGAAGUCGUUCAAGAAAAUUUCCCCCUUCUAGUGGGAUACGUUCAGAAAGGACGAGAUGCUACCGAAUUGUUUCGAGGAUCGCGCGAAAAUGGCUUUUGAUUAUGCCGAUGCGGAGAAAAAGGGAUUUUUGAGCAAACGGGAAUACAAGAUAGCGAUGACGGCUGUUUUUGGAUGCCGUCCGGAAAAAACGGAAGUGAAACAAGUGUUUCAAUUUACCGAUAAAAUCUCAUUCGAGGAGUUUAAAUUAUGCGUGUCCAAGAAAAGUAAUGCAAAUGAUCCACACGUUAAUGCGGAAGUGUUAUUCACUUUAUUGGAUAAGGAUUAUAAAGGAUAUUUAGUAUUGGAUGAUUUCUAUUCUGCAAGCAAAAAUGUGGAUUUGAAAGUGUCAUUGACAGUGUGGCAAACUAUAUUUAAGGAAUUAGAUCGUUAUAAAAAAGGAUAUAUCGAUUUCGACGAAUUUUUACAUAUAUUACCUACUACAAUAACUUACAAUGAGGUAGUCUGAUUUAAUACAAAGCUUAAAUAUAAUAAACGAAUCAAAUAAAUUUCAUAUUUUAUCACAAUCUCAUAAAACGUUUACUAAAUUAAUACAUUG